AUGGAUUUUGCCAUUGAACAGAGCAGCACGGAGCCUAGGUUGCAUUUAGAUUUGAAGUAUAGUCGAAGAGAAUAUCUCGAAGGACUGACAAGAUACUGUAAGAGGAAGUCUUGGCUUGAUCUCAACAAGGUUUCAGGAGCGAGGAAGGUGAAUUGGAGAAUUGCUCAGGCAGCAAGAGAGAUAAAAGAAUUGGACGACAAGAAGCCAAGUCGCUUCGCCUUACGCCCAUUGAAGUGCUUCAAGUGUGCCUUGGCUCGCCAUGGGCCUAGGUGCGUGCCUAAGUGCGCUUUUCACUAUGGUGGAAUGUAUAAAAACACUUAUCCAACCUUUGCUUAUUCUGGCAUCUUGAGUCUUUUACUAGCUCGUGAAUGUGAUUGGAGUUCCUUAUUGUUCAGAAAGAAGCUGUAUCUACUUCACAUUGUUCUCAGCCUAACACAAUUGAAUACGAAAUGGCUAUGGAAUGGUGCUUACUACAAUCCAGAUCUGACAGUUGGUGGAAGAGCCUUCACAAGGUUUGGAAUGGGUUAA